GCAUCUUAGGUUUCACGAGCUUCGUGCAAAUAUGGACGUUUGGUUACGAAAAAUUUGUUUCUGCUCCUUUGUUAUCUUCAUUGUAUUUGUUAGCUCAGUGUCACCUUUACAACUGAGUGACUGUAAGGAAUUCAAAGUAAUUCCUCCAGAACAGUAUGAUAGAAAUGUCUCUUCAAUAGACGAUAGUACAAAGAGACCCCUGGGUUACAUCUAUGGAAAAGCAGACUAUCCUACUGUGCAGUCAGAAGGGAAAAACCCAUGUGUAUAUGUGAAGAAUUUGACAGCAAGAGAUGUGGAAGUCAUGGCAAGUACCGUUUGUUUUGUAAGGAGAAAUAAGAUGUUAGUCUCUGUCAGGUUUCAAGGGUUAGGAGUAAAGAUAUUUGUAGCUAGGGUGCAUUAUGAUUAAAUUGAGUUUUCUCAGGGCUUAAUUGACACCAAUGGUAGCCCAUUUGAGCCACAGACUAGUAGAAAUUCAGUUUUGACUUGUGGUUUCAACUUCCCCCGGCCAGUUUGGCUAGUAAACAAACUGAAAUUAUCAUAACAACUAAGAUGUCACUUGGCUAGUAAGUUGAAAAUGUAUGGCCCCUAUGGCCCCUUUAAGCCCAUUUAAGCCACAGACUAGUAGAAAUUCAGUUUUGACUUGUGGUUUCAACUUCCACUGGCCAGUUUGGCUAGUAAACAAACUGAAAUUAUCAUAACAACUAAGAUGUCACUUGGCUAGUAAGUUGAAAAUGUAUGGCCCCUUUAAGCCCAUUUAAGCCACAGACUAGUAGAAAUUCAGUUUUGACUUGUGGUUUCAACUUCCACUGGCCAGUUUGGCUAGUAAACAAACUGA